UAGUUCAAUUUUGGUCAAAGUUGGAGUCCAGUGAAGAGCCGAGGCGGGAUUCGAAGGCGGCAAUCGCUUCCGGUGAAGGCGUUCUUCAGAAAGCACCUCGACGGCGGCGCUAUGGGACACCGGAGUUUCCGCCAUGUCUGAUCUUCUCCGUUAGAAUGCACAAUUUCAAGCUAUUCCCACACUUUCUCCUACUAUCACCUAAGAACGUCGAUUGCAACAGUUCCAGCCUUCACAAACUGCUUCUACCGUCUCUUUCCUCUGCUGCUUCCCGUGCUAGGCGAGGAUUCUAUCAUUACGCUCCGGAGCCAUUAUCAGGGAAUGAGUACGUGUGCUAUAAUGGGAACAAUAAGUUUGAGCUUCAAAACGGAGGCCCUGACAUUCACAAGGAAGGCAAGUGCCUUGUGCUUCCUGUUCAAGAUGUCGUGUCAGAUUACAAAUGCGAAGAGAGAUUUGGUAUUUGUGAUGAAAAAAAGAGCAAAUUCACAAACGUUGGCAGCUCACCAGAGAGCUCACGACAUACCUUCCUAACGACGGCAGGGCAUUGCUAUCCAAAUUACAAGACCAAGCACCUUGAGACAAACGAGUUAAGGCGACUGGUAGAAUUUAACGAUUUGCAAUUUGUGGAUGAGCCUAAGCAAAAUAAGCAGCCUGCAGAGAGGAAUGCUGUGACCGAGACGCCUUUCUGGUUGACAUACACCUCUUACAAUAACAUGGACCAUGCGAGAAUUGUCGCUACCCUAUUGAUGAACUGUACUAAUGUAUUAGAAUUGUACCAAAUUCAUGCCCAUGUUUUAAGAACCAACAUGUUGGAAAACCAUCCUUCUUCAUUUUACUGGAACAUCAUUAUUAGAUCAUACACUAGGCUCGAGGUCCCAAGAAUAGCCCUCUUUGUAUACAUCGACAUGUUGCGAGCAGGCAUUUUGCCUGAUUGUUACACACUUCCAAUUGUAUUUAAGGCUUUAUCUCUAGCUUAUGCUUUUGAUUUAGGAUUACAAUUACAUUCAGUUGCUAUACGGCUUGGUUUUGAGUUUGACCAAUAUAGCGAAAGUGGCCUCAUCAGUCUGUACUCAAAGAUAGGAGAUCUUGAGUGUGCAUGUAAGGUGUUUGAACAAAACCAUAACAGGAAGUUGGGUUCCUGGAAUGCUAUUAUAGCUGGUUUAUCUCAAGGUGGGCGUGCUAAAGAGGCAGUCAAUAUGUUCAUUAAGUUAAGACAAAGUGGGCUCGAACCAGAUGAUUUUACAAUUGUUAGCGUAACAUCAGCUUGUGGUAGUCUAGGCAACCUAGAACUGUCUCUCCAAAUGCACAAAUUUGUGUUUCAAGUGAAAGUCACAGGGAAAUCGAACAUUUUGAUGCUAAAUUCCCUCAUCGACAUGUAUGGAAAAUGUGGUAGGAUGGACUUAGCAAUGAAAGUAUUUUCGAACAUGGGUCAUAGAAAUGUAUCAUCCUGGACAUCGCUGAUUGUAGGUUAUGCAAUGCAUGGACAAGUGAAACAAGCGCUCGAGAACUUCCAAUUCAUGAGAGAAGCAGGAGUUCCUCCUAAUCAAGUUACGUUUGUCGGGGUACUAAGCGCUUGUGUACACGGUGGGAUGAUCAACGAAGGGAAACAUUACUUCGAUAUGAUGAAAAAUGUUUACGGUUUCAAGCCUCAACUGCCACAUUAUGGAUGCAUGGUCGAUUUGCUCAGUAAAGCAGGGUUGCUUGAAGAGGCGAGAAGGAUGAUUGAAGAGAUGCCGAUGAAGGCGAAUUCGAUAAUAUGGGGAUGUUUGAUUGGAGGUUGUGAGAAACAUGGGAAUGUGGAGAUUGGGGAAUGGGCAGGUAAACAUUUACAAGAAUUGGAGCCUUGGAAUGAUGGUGUUUAUGUGGUUUUGUCCAAUAUUUAUGCUACCAAUGGCAUGUGGAAAGAGGCUCAAAAGAUGAGAGAUGUUAUGAAACAAAGGCAACUUGCUAAGGUUCCUGGGUAUAGCUUGGCUACAAGAUUAGAUUGAACUCUUUGGUUACAUCAUAAUCUUUAUGUGUUGUUUCUCAUAAUCAUAAGUAAUUUACAUAUUUUUUUCAUCUCACGUUUUGCACAAUCUCUCUAUAUGUAAUUUGGUUUGAACUUCCAAAAUAAUUACAAAUAACUGAUACAAAAUUUAAUCAAUCAA